AGAUGGAACACGGUUCUUCAGAAACUCAAGAUUUUUCUCCCAAAGAUGAAUUAACUGUUUCAGAAGCCUCCACUAGGUCUCCAUUGUGUGAGCACACAUUCCCUGGGGACUCAGACUUAAAGUCAAUGAUUGAAGAAAAUGCUUUUCAGGUUUUGUCACAAGGAUUCUUCUUACAAAGACCACGUUACACAGUUUGUGUCUCUGAGCCAGAUAAAGAUAAUGAUUUCUUUUCUCUGACCUUUCCUGGGAAACUUUGGAAAAUAGUUGAAAGUGACCAAUUCAAGUCUAUUUCAUGGGAUGAGAAUGGAACUUGCAUAGUGAUAUAUGAAGAACACUUCAAGAAAGAAAUUUUGGAAAGGAAGAAUCCUUGCAGAAUAUUUCAAACUGACAGUAUCAAAAGUUUUGUUCGACAGCUCAACCUUUAUGGAUUUAGUAAAAUUCGACCGAAUUUUCAAAGAUCUGCCUUUCUACCCACCUUUCUGGCCAAAGAGAAAGAAUCCUGUGUCUUAAGCAAGUUAAAGUGCUAUUAUAAUCCAAAUUUCAAACGUGGCUGUCCCCAACUUUUAGUAAGAGUGAAAAGAAGAAUUAACGUUAAAAAUGCUUCACUUACACCUACUUUAUUCCAUGAAGAUUUCAACCAGAGGCAUUUUAGAGAAGGGGCUAACAGGGAGAAGCAUAAUCCUGCCUUAGCUGCUGAAGUUAGUGAAGAAAGUUUAUUUUCAACCUCUACAAAUUUAAAGAUGUCUCUAACAAGGGAAUCUUCUGUCGGAAAGAUAAUUGCUAGUUCAUCUGACCCAAUUAUAAGUGGUUUCCCUCCUCCUUCAUGUUCAACCUCAAUUGGACCAUCAGAACAAAGUGCAACAGAUCAACGUGCCAUUUUAAAUCAGUUGAGCACUAUUCAUAUGCACUCUCACAGCACAUACAUGCAAGCAAGGGGCCGCAUUGUGAAUUUUAUUACAACCACAACUUCUCAAUACCACAUAAUAUCUCCCUGUCAAAACAGUUUUUUGCAGCUGAUGGUAGAAUCACCUGCUGUUCAAAUGAGAUAUCCUGUAGUAUCAGUCAAUCAGGCUCCACAUCCUAACCUGCUACCAGCAGGCCACCGGUGGUUGCAAAUGUUCACGAUAGCUGAUAUAUCAUCUAGCACUCUUUCCAGGCCAGCUACUCAACCAUCACCAGUGGACAAAUAUCACACUAGUUAAAACUGAUCUUCCAUUAAAACUGCACCAAAUUAUGUGUGACAAUGGAGACUAACAUUUACAUUGACAAAAUAAAUAAAUAAAUAAAGAUUUCUGCAAUUACCUUAUUGAGCAAUAAAAUUGCAUGU